AUGGCUAUGGAGUAUAAUGAAGAGAGGGAACUGUAUAACUCAAGAUUAAAGAUUGGGAUGUUGUUUAGGGAUUUUGAGCAGUUGAAAAAUGCAUGUAGAAACUGGGGAAUUAAGAAUAUAUUUCAGCUAUGGUUUCCACAAAAUGACAAAAAGAAAGUGAUUUGUGCAUGUCACCACAAACAAUGCUCCUUUAGGAUUUAUGCAGCUCGCAUGAGCAAAGACAACCCAUCAGUGCAAAUUAAGAGUGCCAAUUUUGAUCACACAUGUGGGAAGAUUUUCACCAAUUUUCAUGUUACAUCAAGGUGGCUUGCUGUUAAAUAUCUUGACAAAUUUAGGGUUGAUCCAAACUGGAGCUACAAUGGGAUAAUUAAACAAGUUGAGGAUGACCAUGCUUUCACAAUCUCUAGUGUGAAAUCUUGGAGAACCAAAAAUCCAGCAAUGAGGUGGGUUGAUGGAGAUGAAGCUGAGCAGUAUAUAAAGCUUAUAAAGUAUGCAGCUAAGCUUAGGCAAAGUAAUCCAGGCAUGAGAGUGAUAUUAUGGAGAGAUAAAGAUUUUUUAAAAGGGUUUUAUGUCUGUUUAAAGCCCUUAAAAGAUGCAUUAUGGUCAAAUUGUAGGCCAUUUAUAAGCUUUGAUAGUUGUUUUUUGAUAGGCCUCUAUGAUGGGCAAAUGCUGUCUGCAAUAAGGAUUAACCCUAAUGAUUGUAUUUUUUCUAUUGCUUGUGCAGUGAUUUUGACUGAGAAUAAAGAAACUUGGACAUGGUUUAUGGAGGCUUUGAGGGAUGAUUUGGACCAUAUGCAAGCCUAG